GGUCAGGUCAAGAGAAGAGUGGGUGCCACGUUGAUUGUAUAUACAAGCCAAUAGGGUUUCAACCUGUUCCAUACAGUUGAAACUGUUCCGAGCAGAACAUUAGUUGUAAUAUGUUACUUUACAAAUAACAAUCUACCAUGGAUUGUAAAAACUUUUGUAUAUUUUUAGGACUUCUUUUAAGUUUAAAUUAUGUUUGUUGUCAGUAUAGGGUUAAAAACACCCAGGGUUCCUCCUUGUCGGAUCGGGUGCAACAGUUAACAGAACUAGCUCUUACAAGACCUGUAAUUAAGUUCAAUGGUGCAAAAUUCAAAGAGUAUGUUAAAACCAUGCCAAGAAACUAUUCUGUCAUUGUAAUGUUUACUGCAAUGGCACCACAGAGGCAGUGUCAGAUAUGCAGACAUGCAAAUGAUGAAUUUGUCAUAGUAGCAAAUUCGUUCCGUUAUCUACAAGCACAUUCUAAAAAAUUAUUCUUUGCAUCUGUGGAUUUUGAUGAAGGAUCAGAUGUAUUUCAAAUGAUGCGAUUAAAUACUGCACCAGUGUACAUGCAUUUCCCACCAAAAGGAAAACCAAAGCCUGCUGAUACCAUGGAUAUUCAGAGAGUAGGGUUUGGAGCAGAAGCAAUUGCAAAAUGGAUAUCUGAACGUACUGAUAUUCAGAUUAGAGUGUUCAGACCUCCAAAUUAUUCUGGCACUGUAGCAAUAGUAAUGUUGCUAAUACUCAUUGGAGGAUUUUUGUAUCUCAGACGCAAUAACUUGGACUUUAUUUAUAAUAAAACAGUUUGGGGACUUGGAGCAUUGUUCUUUACACUUACAAUGAUUUCUGGACAAAUGUGGAAUCACAUCAGAGGACCUCCAUUCAUACAUAAAUCUCCUAGUGGAAAUGUAGCUUACAUACAUGCUUCUUCUCAGGGCCAAUUUAUUUUGGAAACGUAUAUUGUGAUGGUGUUGUAUGGAGCAGUGGUUUUAGGCAUGAUUUUAAUGAUCGAAGCUGCAUCACGGAAGGAUGAUGUGAAAAAACGGCGGAUAUUUGCUAUCAUAGGUGCAGGCUUAGUUGCUAUUUUCUUUAGUCUUUUGUUAUCAAUAUUUAGGAACAAAGCUCAGGGUUAUCCAUACAGCUUGCUGUUCAAGUAGUUAUCAAUGUUGGAAGUCGUUAAUAUUAUAUUUAUCAUUGUAUAUAGUACAAAAUUUCUAUUGGUUUAUCACAAAUAUUGUAUCAUAAAAGCAAUUUCAGGUGUUACAGUAUAACUACA